CGCCAACAUUCGAACAAGAAAGAAAACAAAGUAGCAGUGAGUAACUAUAGUUUGCAAUAGCUGUGCUCUUUGGUUCAGUGAGUAAAGAGCGUUUUGAUUCAUUGUGCUGUGAAUGAGUUGAAGCAUCAGCAGAAUAUGAUGACGAGGUUGAAUCUGUUUCUCUUUACAUUUACCAUUCUAUCCUCGCAUUUGCUCUCCGCCUCCGCCUCCGAUCUGAUCCUCACCAAGGUUGACCGUCGUAUUGAUCUGUCGUCGCAAAUUGUCCGCACCACUACUACACUCAAGGUGGAGAAUACAGGAUCUGAUAUAGUUUCAGAAAUCUUGUUGUCCUUUCCUGAGAACCAUGUAAAUCACUUGGCACACUUGACAGCAACCCUUAAUGAAGGAAGGGGAAAGGCGAAAACGUCUUCUGGUGUUGGUUUACCUGUUGAAGUUGUCCACCCUAAAGGCGUUCCCCCUAAAUUGACAAUUUACUCCGUAACUUUACCUAAAGGCCUUGGGAAGGGAGAUAGUUUGACGUUGGAUGUCUUGGCCGUUUUUUCCCACAUAUUGAAACCAUUUCCAGAGAAAAUUACUCAAGCUGACAUCCAGCUUCUGCUGUUUCAAGAGAGUGCAUACUAUAUUUCUCCUUAUGCUGUAAAGGUCCAAUCACUCACUGUUAAAUUACCUGAUGCAAGAGUAGAGUCCUACACAAAACUGGAAGAUACAAAACUUCAGGGAUCUGAAUUGAAAUAUGGUGCAUAUGAGAAUCUUCCUCCAUUCUCAUACUUGCCAAUAGUUAUCCACUUUGAGAAUAAUCAACCCUUUGCCGUUGCUAAAGAGUUGGUGCGGGAGAUUGAGAUAUCCCAUUGGGGCAAUGUGCAGAUCACAGAGCAUUAUAAUCUUGUUCAUGGCGGCGCUCAGAGCAAAGGAGAAUUUUCAAGGCUUGACUAUCAGGCCAGGCCAUAUGUAAGAGGAGCAUCAGCCUUUAGGCGUCUUGUUGCAAAGCUACCCCCAAGAGCUCAUUCUGUUUACUACAGGGAUGAAAUCGGCAACAUUUCCACUUCUAGUUUAUGGGGUGACUCAAAAAAGACAGAACUGGUGAUCGAACCUAGGUACCCAAUUUUUGGUGGCUGGAAAACUGCUUUUACCAUUGGAUAUGGGUUGCCACUUAAGGACUUUUUAUUUGGAUUGGAUGGCAAGCGCUUCCUUAAUAUCUCUUUUGGUUCCCCUAUUAAUGAGUUGGUGAUUGACACUCUUAUUGUGAAGGUUGUUUUGCCAGAGGGUUCAAAAGAUAUUUCAGCAUCUGUUCCAUUUCCUGUGAAACAAAGACAGGAGACGAAGUUUUCCCACUUGGAUAUUGCUGGUAGACCUGUUGUUGUGCUGGAGAAGAACGAUGCUGUGCCUGAGCAUAAUGAGCAUUUUCAGGUCUAUUAUAAGUUCAACUGCCUUUCUAUGCUUAGGGAGCCAUUGAUGUUGAUUUCCGGGUUUUUCUUUCUAUUUGUUGCUUCCAUUGUCUACAUGCACGCAGACUUGUCAAUCUCCAAGUCUUCUGCAUCUUAUUUGGCAAAGAUCCAAUGGGAAGAGGUUCAAGCAACUGUUCGUCAGGUCCAUAAUAUCAUUAGCCGUUGCUUAACUACACAUGACAAGCUAGAAGCAUCGUUGCAUGAUCUUUCUAGGACAGGAGAUGUUCAAGCAUGUAAAGCAACCCGAAAAUCAGUUGAUAGUUCGUUGAAAGAGCUCACGAAAGAGUUGAAAUCACCAGUGGCAUUUUUGCAGUCUUCUCCACAAGCCGCUCAAAUAUUACCCAAGGUGGAGGAGGUCAUUGUUAAGGAGAGAGAUUUGCAGGAGAAGCUUAUGGCAAAACACUCUACUGUUGUAGACUGUUAUGAGAAGAAGUUAGGAGGAAGGGAAAUUGAGAAUCGGGUUGCCUUACAUCACCAGAAAAUUGCAGCUUUGAGACUAGAGAUUGACGAUAUUAUGGACUUGAUUGAUGAGAUAUGAUAGAUGACUAUGCUGCUCGAGUCGAGAUGAUAACGUGCUCCCAUUUUGACCUUGCUUUACAUGAUUUAGAUCAGAUUUUUUUUGCGGUUUGAUACUUGUGCUGUGCGGGUGAGAACUUUGUUGCAGUCUAUUGUGUACUAGUAGUAACUCGUAAUAUUAUAUGAUAAUUUGAGCAUAAUUAUACCUAGAACUAGAAUAUGGAUUACACCAAUGAGAGUUGAGUCUAAUGGAAAGUUUAGCCUCCUACAA